AUGGCAAAAGAACCCUUACUGAAUCUACUCAAGAUAGAGCGAUAUGGCAAGACAAGGGGUUGGAAAGAUUUUCACAAGGACUAUGUCCGGGUUGGGAAGAUAGAGCUAGUCACAUUGUUGGGAGUUCUGAUGAUUGCAUUGGCUUUCCCGCGACAGAUGACGAGUACUUUCCAUGGUACCAACUCAAGACUGUGGGCCAAUUUAGUCGCCGAUAUUAAGAGGAUUAGUCUCCUUAGCAUGGGUGCCGACCCUAAGUCUUCUGGUCAUAUAACGUUCAACCAGAUCGGAAAAACUGCUGAUCGAGCCUUGUCAUUGCAGAGGACCCAGUGUUGGCGUGCGCUUCCUAGGGUGGGAGUCCGAAGAGGUGGGAGGCAGCCCGGACUUAGUUACACUCAGGAUCAGGGUGGGUCAUCAUCACAGCCCCAGCAGCAGGCCGUGUCAUCAUCACAGCCCCACCAGAGUCCGUAUCGCCCUAUUUUUGAGGAAAAUCAGACUCCAUACCGUCCUCCUUUGUCGCCACAGCACCAGACUCAGCUGGAUUUUGGUGAUCAAUUUCUUUCUUCUGGUAUGUCAGACCAGGGUCAACUUUCUCAGGAGGCGUUUCAGUUCCAGAGCCACCUGUUUUUAGGUUCUGGGUUUGAUAUUGCUGCGGGGCAGCGUUGUUUUGAGGACCAGGCUAGAGAUCAGACUCAACAGUAUCAGGCUGGAGCUCGGCUUGCGGGUCAACAAGCAUGCAGGAAGAAAGGACCGCAUCAUAAUUUAUCUUUUACACCGCUGGCUUUGGCUAAGGAGCCGAGAAAUAUGAAGGUGCCUGCAAAGCUUGCUAGUUGCGGACUCAGUGAAGAUAACCUUGAUGGUCAAAUGGGCAAGGGCAAGAAGCGCAAGUAG